UUCCCUCUUUUGCAUUCAAUUCUUCUCUCCAUUUCUUUGUAUCAUCCCAUCUCCUUCAAUUACUCCAUAACCGCCUCAACCCCUCUCUCUCCUUGAAUUGAUUUCACAAUUUGUCUCUAUCUAUACUAUGUUGAUCUCAAAUUUCUCUAUAAAGCCACUGAAAAUGAGAUCAAGAUUCUAGGUUUUCAUCUCUCUCUCUCAUGGCUUCAAACAAGGUCAGCAGCAACAACAAAGAGCAUCAUCACUCUACACAAAUAGCUCAACAUCAUCAUAUGCAGCACGGUGAUCAAAUCAAUCAUCAUCAAAAUCAAAAUAACAAUCACAUGUUUUCGUUCGGGAUGAUGCAAUCAUCCACACCCUUCAAUAUAAGCAAAGAAUCCGGCGCUUACGACUUGGGAGACUUAGAUCAAGCUCUAUUUCUCUACCUCGAUGGCCAAGAUCAAGACCAACGACAGAUGAGGCCACACACUCUCAAUAUUUUCCCCUCUGAGCCCAUGCAUGUAGAGCCAUCACAAAAACCAUCAAUCAUCAAGGGAAUAAGCAGCGGUUCGAAGAAAUCAUCUGAGCCAUCUAAUCACAGAAAUUAUGUUCAAGAACCGGCCAAAGUAGUUAAGCGUGAGGGAAAUCGCAAAGGGCCUACCUCAAGCUCAGAGCAAGAUGGUCCAAAAACACCUGAUCCAAAGACUUUGAGGAGGCUUGCACAAAAUAGAGAAGCAGCCAGGAAAAGCAGGCUUAGGAAAAAGGCUUAUGUUCAGCAGUUGGAGUCAAGCAGAAUGAAGCUUACUCAAUUAGAACAUGAUAUUCAAAGAGCUAGAGCACAAGGAGUUUUUUUAGGAGGAAAUGCUAAUGCAGGUGGAGAACAAGGCCUUUCUUGUACCAAUAUAUCUUCAGAUGCGGCGUUGUUCGACAUGGAGUAUGCUCGGUGGCUGGAGGAGCACCACCACCUGAUGGUGGAGCUGAGGAGUGCCAUCCACGAGCACCGGCCCGAGACCGAGCUCCAGAUCCUGAUCGAUAACUCGUUGGCCCACUACGACCAGAUGAUCGCCCUCAAGAGCGUGCUUGUCAAGUCCGACGUCUUCCACAUCUUCUCCGGUAUGUGGCGGACCCCGGCCGAGCGCUGCUUCUUGUGGAUGGGUGGCGUCCGGCCGUCGGAGCUCAUUAAGAUAAUAAUGAAUCAGGUGGAGCCGUUGACGGAGCAGCAAAUGGUGGGGAUUUACGGGCUGCAGCAAUCGACGCAGGAAGCAGAAGAAGCUCUCUCUCAAGGGCUUGAGGCAUUGAACCAAUCUCUCACGGAAACCAUAGUUUGCGACACUCUCACUCUUCCUCCAAACAUGAACACAUACAUGGCGCAAAUGGCUGUCGCCAUUAGCAAACUCUCAACUCUCGAGGGCUUUGUUAGACAGGCUGAUAGCUUGAGGCAGCAAACCCUUCACCGGCUGCAUCAACUUCUGACGACCCGCCAAGCAGCGCGGUGCAUUCUAGCCAUCGGAGAAUACUUCCACCGCCUCCGGGCCCUCAGCUCCCUCUGGCUCACCCGUCCCCGCCAUGACUAAAGCCGGCACCGGAGAAAUGCAGUGUCCUGAAAAACCCUAGUUUAGUUUAAGGCAUAAAUAUAUCUAGAAGUAGUUCAAACUUUCUCUAUUUUAGUUUUUCUGCUUGACAAUUUUGUUGGAUAUAUUAUAAAGAUGUAGUUGAAAUAUUAAUUACAUGCAGAAAGGUGGAAGCCUAUUAAGGAAAAUGGUGAUUCAAAGAAGAGAAAUAGGAAAGGAUUUUUGAACACUGAGAAAAUGGAAUAUAGUUAAGACCAAUUUUUAUUUUAAUUUUUGUGUAAAACUUUAUCAUUAGUAGGUAGGGUUCAUGAUAUGGGGGAGUUACAACUUAAGUUGUCAAAGGUAUCUUGAUUAUUUAUGAAUAAUUUGAUUUGUGGAAAAUUCUUUGGUGUGAGGUUGGUGUAGAUAGACUAGUUCAACUGCAUUUGUUGCAUUUUAUUUGUUUCUUUCUUCUUUUACAACCACUCUCUCUUUCAUUCUCUCUCUCCCCUUCAUAGCAACAAAGAUAGACCACGUCUUUGUGUGAGUGAAUUGGCCAAGCGAUAGAGAAGUUAAUAACGCCUGAGACCAGAGGUCUCAGGUUCGACUCUUCCGUGGCGCGGCCUUUAAAUUUAUGUUCAUUUAACUAUUAAAAAAAAGUUAAAAAAAAGAUAGACCACGUCUUGUGAUCCACCAUGCGCCUU